AAGUAAUGUCUCGGAUGACAUGAACUUUAUCCAACAUAGUGAGGAAAAAAAUAUCCGGUUCCCAACAUCCGGUGAUUGCCUCAUGUAAUUCAGUCCCCUCCUCCUGCUGGAAACAGCUCCUGCGACUCUUCGGUUCCACCCAAACAAACAAAGCUCAGCUGGAGGGUUCUCCCCACAGAAACGUUGCACUGCUCGGCGUCCGGCCGGCCGAUCCCCCGGCAGUAAAACCGGACCAGCUCUCAGAGGACAGACCUCCCGUGUACCGGAGACGAUGCCAGUCGGUCUUCGUUUCUAACUGACGACUCGCAUGUAAUUUCGGUCGUUGCGCAACAUUGGCAGCAACGUUAACGGAGCUAGCUGCUGCCUUCACAGUCCGGAGAUGACAAGCGAGCUGCCGGUUACCGUGUCCGCCUCACAGCAGCUUCGGUAGGCGGGUGUCGGUCCCGGUUUGUCUGCUGCUCGGAGAAGAGCGAUUUGUUGAGUCAAGCAAGUUACUCGCAUCCUGCCUUGUAAAUCACCUCCCCCCCUCCUGCUUGCUGUGCUGCCGUCUCUUCCUGGGCUUUUCCAGUCACUAUGAGUGCGAUGCGCGUGGACGCCAAAGUGGUGAUGCUGGGAAAGGAGAGCGUUGGGAAGACCAGCCUGGUGGAGAGAUACGUUCAUCACCGCUUCCUGGUCGGCCCGUACCAGAACACUAUCGGUGCUGCUUUUGUAGCCAAACCAAUCCAAGUGGGAGAGAAGGUGAUCACGCUGGGAAUAUGGGACACGGCCGGAUCAGAGCGUUACGAAGCCAUGAGCAGAAUCUACUACAGAGGAGCUCGAGCUGCUAUAGUCUGCUACGAUCUGACUGACAGCAGCAGCUUCCAGCGAGCUCGGUUCUGGGUGAAAGAGCUGCAGAACUGCGAGGAGCACUGUAAGAUCUACCUGUGUGGCACGAAGAACGACCUGGUUGAAGGAGACCGGAGCCUGCGCCAGAUCGACUACCACGAUGCUCAGGACUUUGCUGAAGAGAUCGGUGCGCAGCAUUUCGAGACUUCCAGUAAAACAGGAAAUAAUGUGGAUGAGCUGUUCCAGAAAGUUGCAGAGGAUUACAACAGCACUGCCUUCCAGUAUAUGACAGCGGAGGAAACAGGUGUCGACUUGGGCCAGAAGAAAGACUCAUAUUUCUACUCCUGUUGCCAUAACAACUGAUGCUGAGCAACAGGAAGGGAAACAGAAGUGGUCACCUUCCCUCAGCUGGAGUCAAACCUGGAUAUGCUGGAUGGCUGUGACUCAUCUCUGGA